AACAUGUCCUGCUAACAAGACCAACUCCAUCAGAAUGGAGGUGUACUCUGAUGAUACUGUUGCUGUCCCUCGCCCACUGGCAAAUGGUAACUUUCCCAGCAUUGAAUGUGAGUAUACAGCGGAGGACUUUGACGAUUAUGAGCAACAAAUUCGUGGCUGUAACAAAAUGCAGUCGGUGACUAUAGAAGAAGGAGAGACAUUGUGUUAUGACCAGAUAAUCUAUGAUGAUGCGCGUGUGGAGCCAACAGAGUAUACUGGCCUCACACUUCUUAUUAAAGAUGCUACAGCUGCCACCGUUAUUGAAAGAGGACACACUGUCAUACGGAUUGAGGAUGAUGAUUCUGGUGUAGUCGGUCUAGAAAGUGGAUAUUACUUUUCGGAAUUAGCUGGGUCAUUUCAAAUGUGUGCUACAUGGCGAUCACCCACAAGUACAAGAUGCCCCUUUGAACAUUCUUUUAGUGUUCCACUGUCUAUAACAGAUAACAGUGCUGAUAUUGGAUCUCUGUUAGAUCCCUUGUCAUUGCUUUUUGAAGAUUGCCAACAGAGAUCAUGCGUAGACAUACUUAUCCAUAAUGAUUACACACUAGAGGAUCUUAUUGAGGUGUUCACAGUUAGUUUGGAAGCAGUACCAGAUCUGAGUGACAGGAUUAUCCUGAAUCCCGCAGAGUCCAGAGUU